GGUACUUUAAAAGGACUUAAGUUACCGUAAAGUGUUAUCUAAGGGGUUUUAAUUACUCAGUGGCCAGUUUACCAUACACGCGUCGAAUAUUAUUGAUCUUGGCCGCUUUUUUUCAGGAAACCUUCACAAUUAUUUCACAAUACUUUUUAUCUAUUAUCUAUACAUUGCAACACAUGAUUUGUAUCUGUCUAUUACAUAAAUAACCUUUACUUUACUUUAUCGUUAUUUAAUCUUACUGAAACCUUCAGAAACACGAUGGGUGCGGGGGACCUCUCUGAAGAACUGAAGAAAUAUUGUUUGCAAACGGAACUGAAAGAAGAGGGUGCCAUGAAGAAGGCGAUGUUUGUGGUGAAGGGCGCUCCGGGGGACCAGGAGCCCAGGGUUGACGUGGAGCUGGAGGAGGCGCUUGAUAUCGCUGGUGCCGGCCGCUACCAGCUGUGGCACUGUCUGCUCAUGGUGCUAGUCCUCAGCUCAGCUCUGCUCGAGAUCAUCGGCUCGGCCUUCGUGCUGCCGGCGGCGCAGUGCGACCUGGACAUACCUGACGCGCUGAAGGGGGCGCUUAUUGGACUGCCUAAUAUUGGUAUAAUCCUAACAGCGACAGUGUGGGGUCGCCUAGCAGACUCGCGGGGGCGGCGGCCCGUGAUGCUGGCGUCCACCGCCGCCGCGGGCACCCUGGGCGCGCUGGCUGCUUUCAUGCCCAACCUGCCGUGCUAUGCUGUGUUCAAGUUUGCUGCUUCGCUGUUUCUGUCCUGCCCGUCGUCUCUUUCCUUCGCGUACGGAGGCGAGCUGGUGCCGCGCCGGCGCCGCGACCUCGCUGUGCUGGUUCUGAGUGCUAUGCUCAUGAUGAUGUCCACGCUCAGUCCAGUGAUAGCGUGGGCAAUCCUGCCCUUCAACUACCGGGUACCCCUCGGGUCAAUAACCUUCAGGCCGUGGCGUCUGCUCACGAUCGUCUACUCGCUGCCACUGCUUCUGUCGUCUGUGCUCCUGGUAUUCGCCAAGGAAAGCCCCAAGUUCCUGCUGACCAGGGGGCGAGCUGAUGAGGCGUUAGAAGUGCUGAGGAGCAUCUAUGAGACUAAUACUGGAUACCCGAGGGAGAGCUUUCCGGUGGCAUCCCUCAAGGUGCGCGAGGACAUUCCCUCAGAAGCCGGCUCGGAGCUGGCGCUGGCUCAGCCGCGACAGUCCUCGGCUCUGGACCUGCUGAGACCCCCGCAUCUCAAGUGGAUGGCUCUUACUGGCUUCCUCAUGUUUGGGGUGUUUUGUUUACUGAACGGCCUCUGGAUCUUCUCCACGGACACCAUCAACAAGGUGAUGGCGGAUAGCGGGGCGCAGGAUGGCACCAUCUGCAUCCUCAUGAACCAGCUGCAGAACCAGACCUCAAACGCCACCUGCACCGACGACAUCUCAACCGACACCUUCUCCAUCAUGAGCAUCACCACCUUCGUCUACGGCCUGGUGGUGUUCGGGGUCAUCCUCAGCCCUCUGUCUAAGAAGAGUCUCCUGGUGUUCACCUACGUGGUGUGUGGAGUAGCGAGCCUGCUGUCCGGGGCGCUGCGGCAGAGGAUGGUGGCCGGGGUCGCCAUGUCCGCGCUGCAGGUCACCGCGCUGGGGGUCGGCCCGCUCACGGCGUACGCUGUGCACCUGUUCCCUACUAGCUUGAGGGGCACAGCGGUGGGCACGUUGCUGAUGUUCGGGCGCGUGGGCUCCGUGGUGGGCGCCAACGUGGCGGGAGUGUCGUUGGCCGUCGCCUGCAGUGCUACCUUCUACGGCUUCUCUGCGCUCCUGUUCCUGUGCGCCGCACUGAGCCUCCUGCUUCCCAAGGAGGCCUCCACCACAGACGACACCGACAGCAGAAACAGCUGAUAUUCAAGCACCUGUACCUGUACAGCUGGGUGCUGACGUUACGAGGUGUAACGUAACAUGUUACGCGGCGAACAUUCGUGUGGGCGAUUCGAAACUAGCGGUUCUUUAGAUAGAUAGAUGAAUAGAGUAUUCUUUAUUUGUACCGCAAAAAGAUUAAUAAAAUUAACAAGUGAAAACUUAAUUAUAAAAGGCGGUCUUAUCACUUAAAGCGAUCUCUGCCAGACAACGUUUAGCCUGAAUGUUUGCUAUGUAACAUGUUAGGUACAAUAUAUUCUCGUAACAUUCGUCAGUAGCCAGCUUAAUGCCUACCUGACCUGAGUACUUAGUAAUAAUAAUAAACAUAAUUAAUUAUAAUUAUAAUAAUGUAGCUAUUUGUAAAUGGGGAUGUGUGAUGUUGUUAUUUCACGUCGUCUUUAAGCGACGCGACGACACUAUGGUAUGAUUUAUUGACUGUAACUUUGUGAAAAAUCGUGUUAAAUACAUAUAAACUAUGUGAGUAAGAAUAAGGUGUCUACAUUCAAUUAUAAUAUUAUGUACUUAGCAAAGUAUACAUACAAUCGAUAAAUUAUGUCUGUUUAAAUUCAUUCCUUAGGGAUAAGAAAACCCUAAUUUUGCAUUGAUUGAUUUAUAAUAUUGUUUUGAAUUCGGGUCAAACGGAUUUUCACGAUAAUACCUUCAUAUUGUUCACAUACUGACUGCUACAUAUUACUACGGAUUGUAAAGUAAAUAACUAAGGAUUUAUUUAAGUUUAACGAAAUGUAAAUGAUUAAGAUAAAAGUAACAAAUAAAGUACUUUAUUUGUAUUUAUAGUCGUAGUUAAAACAACGUAUUUUAGUUGGGAAGAGUGUCAAUCAAGAUAUUAAGUUAUUUUUACACAUGACAAUUACGAGCUUGUAUACUGUAUAAAUGAGAUUAUAUUUUUAUAUAAAUUUUGUUAUAUCUGA